UAAAGAAAAACUAGACACGAAAAUCCUUGGCCGUUGUUCUCCCUCCCAUUCUCAUCUGCAUUAAAAAUCUCCUGUCUAGCUUUCUCUCUCGCUCUCGCUCUAGUUCUCGUUCUUUUUUUGCUCUCUCCGCUGUAUAACAAUGAGUGUUUCCAUCUCCUUCGCCAGGCCUGUUGCCGGGAAUAUGUUUUCCGGCGACUUUGGGAAUCUGGGUCGCCUUCAAUCCUACUUCUCUGUAAGAACCACAAAGUAUUCUUGCCUUAAUGGGCGUCGUCUACUUAUGCCCCAAAACUACAAACCCUCUGUCACUGACUCGUCGAGGACCUCGCAAAUGAUUUGUCAGAUGGUUUUUGGCAGAGAGGCUGAAGAUCGUUUGUUCUCGAAUGUGAAUGAAGAUACUGAUGACAUGUUUGACGGGUUGUUUGAUAAAUAUGGAAAGGUGGUCUUUAAAAGAAAUGACCAGAAGCCUCCUAGUGCAGAGGCUGAUGAUGAUGCCGAAAGCCUAUCAUUUGCUGUGGCUAUGGCCAAGGUUGCAAAUGAGGUGAAGGCUGCAGAUAUAAGGGUUCUCUUUGUGAAGCCUCUAGUGUAUUGGACUAGCUUUUUCAUCAUUGCUACAGCAUAUUCUCGACCUCAAAUUGAUGCUAUUGGGUCGAAGAUCAGAGAUUUAGCUGAGAAUAAGUACGGAAAAUUUGCAUCUGGGGACUUGAAGCCCAAUUCAUGGACAUUGUUGGACUUUGCACUGUUUCAGAGCGGUAAUGGUGGCUUUAUGCUAGCUCUCAUGCCUUAAGAUGCGAUGGAGAGACUGAUAGGCACCACAAGUCAACUCGUCAAAACCCUAGCCUCAAAAUUUUAUUGCGUGAGUCCUUUUUGUAAUGAAUAACUAAAAAUUACCAUAGGAUAAUAAGAGUUUGUUCCAUGAAAAUUUUGUGGCAUGAGAGUCCUUUUUUUACAAAGAAUUAAAUUACCUAGGAUAAUAAGAGUUUGUUGAGGAUUGACUUCCUUUAUUAUCUCAUGGUUAUGGAAUAAACGAAGUUUGAGCUGCAUUUGAAGACUUGUGAUAUGAAGUUAUCUAUUUAAGAGUGUUUUCCCAAGAAAACGAUUUGCACUUUUACUUAUGCAUAUGGUAUAGAAACAUAGUUAUAAAUACAUUCUCAUCUUUAUAGAUUUAAACAUUUGUCUAGCUGUACAUGUGUAGAUAACUACAUGUAAAUAUAUGCAUGCAUACAGCAAAUGGCACACACAUAAGCAACUAAAAUAGACAUGCUCAUGCACUGUGUGCGCAUGUGUUGAGAUGCAUCUACCAUAGCUUUACUAGCGUAUAUGCAUGGAUCAGAUGUAGAUGUAUGUGGACAGCUUACAUAAUUGUACAUUUACAGAAGGAUUUUUCUAAUGAGCACCCUGAGGUGACUUGUCAGUGUACUAUUUUUAGAAAAUGUUUUUGUAUUUAAUGCAAUUGUUGACCUACAAUGUGGUCAUUUUAUCUACUUCGAAUGAAGAGUAUUUAAUAAAGUUGAAGUGUUAUAAAGAGCCAUUUGAGCACUUAUUAGCAUGAUGCUCAACUUGCACACAUUAAUAUCAUUUGAGUAUUUGUACAACGAUAACAAAUAUUGUUACUAAAUAAUUAUUGUUUGAAUAUUUAAUUUUACUAUUGCUUCCACCGAA